AGAAAAUCAAGAGAAAAUAAAAAUAAUAGAUGGAAAAUUGAAAGCAAACUAAAUAAAAGGCAAAAGAGAGAAGCCAAAGGCAAGGAGUGCUGGCUCUGAGCUUUGAAGAAGAAGCCACUUCUUCUUCUUUCUUGUUCUUUAUACUCAAUAAUGGAUGCCAUUCCAGUUUCUCUUCUUUGCUUGGCAUAGAAACAUAGUUUGAAGUUACUCUUCAUCUUGUUUCUUAGAUCUCUGGUUUUUUCUUUGUCAUUGUUCUAUUUUGGUUGAAGGAAUGAGUAAAGAGGAGUUUCUCAAGAUACAGACUUGUGAUCUUAAAGUGAACAUUCAUUGUGAUGGAUGCAAACAGAAAGUGAGGAAGCUGCUUCAGAAGAUUGAUGGGGUGUAUACAACAUCCAUAGAUGCAGAGCAAGGGAAGGUUACAGUUUCAGGAAAUGUGGAUCCUGCUACCCUUAUCAAGAAGCUUGCCAAGCAUGGCAAGCAUGCACAGCUUUGGGCUUCCAAGGGUGCCAUUAAUCCUCAGUUCAACCUCUCAAACCAGUUCCCAAAACUCCAUCUUGACAGUGGGAAAGUCCAGAAGGACAAUGGAAAACCUCAGAAAGGUGGUGGCGGUGGAGAUGGUGGAGGAAAGGAUCAAAAGAUUCAACAGCAACAUCCACCACCACAGCUACAGCAACAACAAGCACAGCAUUUGAACCAGCAACAGCAGCAGCUACUGCAACAAAUGAAGGGAUUUAAUGGCAUAAACCUGCCAAACUUGAAGGACAUGAAGUUGCCACUACCAGUCAUGAAGGAUCCCAAGUCAGUCAAGUUCAGUCUCCCACCAGAGGAUGAAGGGAGUGACUAUGAUGAUUUUGAUGAUGAUGAGUAUGAGGAUGAUGAUGAUUUUGAUGAUCUUGAGGGUUUUGAGGACUUUGAUGAUGAUCUCAAACAAAACAAGAUGAAGCCUCCUGUGUCAAUCCCUGCUGCAAUCCCUCCUAAAAAGGGUGAUGUUAACAUUAACAAUGGUGGUAAGAAAGGUGAUCAAGUUGUUCAAGGCCAAAACAAGAUUGAUGGAAAGAACAGUGGGAAGAAGAAUGGUGGGACAGUGCCAAUACAAGAUGGUAAGAAUGGCAACAAGGGCCCUCAAAACAAUAAUAACAACAACAGUAAUGGUGGAGCCAUUGGAGGAAAGAAGGGUGGUGGAGGUAAACCAGAGGGACACCAGCCUGCAAUGAACCAACAACAACCUAACAUGAUGAUGAUGAACAAUGCUUUCCAAGGAAUGAAUUUGGGACAAAUGGGGCAAAUGGGGCGAAUGGGUCAAAUGGGUCAAAUUCAUGGAGGUGGUCCAAUGGCAAUGCCACAUAUGGGGAAUGUAGGAGGUAAUGCUGCUGUUCAAGGACUUCCGGCGGGUGGUAUGCCACCGGAGGUAAUUCCCAUGGCGCAUCCUUACCAACAACAGUAUAUGGCAGCAAUGAUGCAGCAAAGGAUGAUGCAUGGUGGAGAAGGAGGAUAUGAUCCUAGAAUGUAUCCGCCGAUGGGCUACGGGCGUCCGAUGGCCCCCGGGAUGGCUUACUUCGCCCCACCCCCACCUACCGGUGGGGAAUACACUCAUUUCUUCAGUGAUGAAAACACUAACAGUUGCUCUAUCAUGUGAAGCGCAGAAAUACUAAGCAUUUCCAUGUGCUUUGUGGCGAUCAGUAUACAUGAAAAAUGGGUGAUUUAAGUUCUCUUUUUAAGUUGAAGACUUUGGAAAAUUUUCUUCCUUGAUGCUUAAGUUAGGCAUAUAUAGAGAUAGAUAUGUUUAUGAUAUCUAUAUAGAGGUGGAUCUCUGAUGGUUUUUUUUUCUUUUACUGCUUUAGAUUUCAGUGUUCUAUGUGUCAAUAUAUGUGUUUGAUAAGUUGAGAAAUAAUAAAAGAUGGCAGUAUGGGCCAUGAAUGAAUGAA